AUGGGGUGGGAAGAAGGAGGUAGUGGGUGGAGGUGGAGGCGUCGGUUGUGGGCGUGGGAGGAGGAUGGAGUGAGGGAGUGUGUGAAUUUAUUGAAUAACGUUACUUUGCAGGAAAAUUUACAGGACCACUGGCGUUGGUUACUUGAUCCGAUACAUGGAUACUCGGUUCGUGGGACGUAUCGCUUUCUAACAUCUAUGGAUGAUCAGGUGAUCGUUGUUGUUAACAACGAUGUGUGGCAUAAAUUGGUUCCUACAAAAGUAUCUCUUUUUGCUUGGCGUCUCUUGAAAGAUAGAAUUCCGACCAGAUCAAAUUUGGUCCGUAGACAUGUUAUUCAACCUAACGAAAACUUGUGUGUUGGACGAUGUGGUUGCAUUGAAACAGCGGAUCAUCUUUUCAUAGGUUGUGAUUUGUUUGGGAGCGUGUGGUUUUUAAUUUGUCAUUGGAUUGGUUUUUCUUGUGUGUUUCCCGGUUCAGUUACCAAUCAUUACCUUCAGUUUUCUCAUUUGGCGGGUUUGCCACGAGUUUCGCACGCUUUCCUUAAGGUUAUAUGGCUUGCUUGUGUUUGGACAAUUUGGAAGGAGAGAAACAACUGUAUCUUCAAAAAUGCGGUAAUUGAUCCUUACAAUAUUGUUGAAAAGGUGAAGAUGAAUUCCUUCUUAUGGCUUUCGUCGAAUUUUGUACCAAUUGCAUUUAGUUUUCAUGAUUGGUGGAGACACCCAUUACUUUGUAUGGGUGUUGUGUAA